UAAGUGCAUCAACUGUGCAAACAGGAUGCACUGCAGGGAACGGAGUGUCACGGCAUACGUGACACAGCACUAUAUAAAUCACAGUUACCCGGAACCUUCGAACAGGCGACCUAAAGCAUCGUGCUGUUUACGUCGAUAUCUAAAGCACAGGUUACGUACAAGGACUAUGAAUACACUCUCGUGUGUAGGUCUGCUGGCCUGCGUGGCAAUGGCUCUGACUUGCCAGGAUUCUUGUUGCAUGUGCGGUCCUAAUAUCACCGUUACUUUGGUGGUGGAGAACCGCCUCAAGCCGCACACGUUCAAGUCCUGUGUCGUGCUUGAGAUGCCUCAGAGAGAGCUCCUCUACUUCCUCCAGGAGGCCGUCGCCAUCGACCAGCAUUUCCGUUUCACAGCUGAGUAUUUUGCGACACCAAACGUGACGGGAUAUUUUAUACUAAGCAUGAAUAAAGUGGCUGGAAGCACCGAUGACAAGACCUACUGGCAGAUCCUGGACAAAGGGGAACUUACACCUCUAGGUGUCAGUAUGUACGUACCAAAAGAUUGGUCCGUAAUUACCUUCAAUUUCACCACGUACUAGACCAACGAUUUCACUAAACCGGAGACAAGGGUCGAGUUAAUCCAAAAACAAGACGUGGAAAUACCGUAUCUCUAUUAAUGCAAUUAAAUCGAAUUAUUUACCCCCUGAACGUCGUCUCAUACAAAAUAAUAUAUAUUUUAGUGGUGUCUGUAUAUGAACAUGAAAUAAACGCUUGAUGUGGUGAAAUCCAA